AUGGAGCCAGUGCUCUGCUAUGAGUCAAUCAAUGCUUCAUGCCUGAAAACCAUUUAUCCCAUUCACCUACGUGUUGCCUUCUACAUCAUUUUCGGGGUCAUAAUCAUUCUAACAGUGUGUGGAAACCUUUUGGUCACUUUCUCAGUGGCUUAUUUUAAGCAGCUCCAUACUCCAACAAAUUACCUGAUUUUCUCUCUGGCUAUGUCUGACCUGCUUUUAGGGAUAAUAGUCAUGUUCCCUUGUAUGAUUCAAACUGUUGAGUCUUGUUGGUAUUUUGGGGACUUCUUCUUCGACCGAUACUACGCUGUUUGCCAACCUCUGCUUUACAGAAGUAAAAUAUCUGUUAAUGUUGUGUUGAUCAUGAUCCUGCUCUGUUGGAGUAUUUCAGUUUUUAUAGGGUUUGGAAUGAUUUUUCUGAAGUUAAAUAUUUUGGGUGUUGAAGAGUUUUAUUAUAACCAUGUUGUUUGUGAAGGAGGAUGUGUUUUGUUUCACAGUGGAGUGUCUAGUACUGUCUCAUCAGUUAUUUCCUUUUACUUGCCUGGAAUAAUAAUGCUUUGUGUGUACCUAAAGAUUUACCUUGUAGCACGUAGACAGUUUCGCAGCAUACAGAAUGCAGGAUGUGUGAACUCAAUAAAAAUUUCAAACACAAGCCAGACAAAAGCCACUAAAACCCUGGCUAUUGUAAUGGGGGUUUUUCUUUCUUUUUGGACUCCAUUUUUUGUUUGUUUCAUCAUUGAUCCCUAUGUCGGUUACUCAAUACCCCCUGCAUUUUUUGUAACACUUGCAUGGUUGUGCUACUUUAAUUCUACGGUGAACCCAAUGAUUUAUGCAUUCUUUUAUAGUUGGUUCAGAAAGGCAUUUAAAUUAAUAACCUCAGGUAACAUCUUCAAAUAUGACAUUUCUGAGACAACACUUUUACCUGAAUAACUUCAUAAAAAAAAGUAGAAACUCGCAUGAAAUGAUUAUGACAUGCACAACAUUGAGUCAACUGAAUCAAUGGUACUGGACUUUACAGAGUUUGG